AUGGAGAAAAAGCUUUCUUGCAUUUUGCUGUAUGCAUUCCUAAUCACCAUAACCUUCCCAAUGCUUAAUUCUGAAGCCAAAGCCAAACAACCUCUGAGCCUUGCAACUGAUCAAACUGCCCUUCUUUCACUCAAACAUACAUCUCUUUUACUUGCAACUAAUUGGACCAACUCCACCUCCGUCUGCACCUGGAUUGGCGUCACUUGCAGCUUCCGCCACCACAGAGUAGCUGCCUUGAAUCUCUCCAACAUGGCUCUCUCCGCCACCAUUCCACCGCAGCUCCGACACCUCUCCUUCCUCGUCUCCCUCGACCUCACCAACAACCUUUUCCAUGGAGAUUUGCCUCAAGAGCUGUCUCUCCUUCGCCGUUUGAAGUUCAUAUCUUUCCGACUCAACAACUUCACCGGAGACAUCCCUCCGAUGUUGGGUCAGUUACCAAAAUUAGAGUACUUGAAUUUACGCAACAACAGCUUCAUAGGUUCCAUCCCAAAAUCGCUCUCAAACCUCACAAACCUACAAUUUCUUGACUUAAGAUCCAAUUCUCUAAGUGGAGAAAUUCCAAAAGAGUUGGGAAGACUUCAAAGUCUACAAACUCUGUAUGUUCAACGUAAUCAUCUCUCCGGUGCUAUACCAUCAGCCAUAUUCAACAUCUCGACCCUUGUAGCUAUGGGCUUCACAUACAAUGAAUUGAGUGGAAGUCUUCCAACAGACAUGUGCCGUAAUCUUCCAUUUCUUGGUGGGAUUUAUCUUUCUUUCAAUCAGCUAAGUGGCGCGAUUCCCACGAAUCUAUCCCACUGUUCACGGCUUGAGGUGUUGAGCCUCUCUUACAACUCUUUUAGUACUGGGGAGAUACCUUCAGAAAUCGGCUACUUAACAUCUCUUCAGUUUUUAGCUCUUGGUGGUAACAAUUUGAAUGGUAUGGUUCAAGUUCUUAUCACAUAA